UUACCGCGGUGACGAAGGGCGGCAGUGAUGGCGAGUAACGAGGAUCUGGCACUGGAAUCCAUCGUCGAGCGUUUAAAACUUCGUUAUUGCGCUGAUACGGAGGUAGAGAGCAAGAACGGCGCCGUGGAACAGCUUGGGGACUCUGAGGAUCAGGAGUCCACAGUAAGCUCUAUCAAAAUUAAUUCAAAAAUCAACUCACCUAUCAAAGGUACUGUGGAUAUAUUGUCAAGAAAGAAAUGUUCUGUACCUACUAUGAAGUCGCCUCUAUCUGGCCUUACAUACGCUUGGAAAAAGCAAUAUAACAGAAUGUUAUGUAACCGGUACAAAAUAAAUCCUGACUGUGCAUGGGUUAAUGAUGGUUAUGACGAUGCUUAUAGCUCAGAUCAAGUGUUGGAAGGAUACUUCAGUGAGGAAGAGCCCACAUUGCAUGCAAGACAAGGUACUGGAACACUGUUUUUCACAGAAACUGAUGUUACGCUGCCUUCCAAUCUAGCUGCUGCCAAUUUCACAUCAACUUCAGUUUCUUAUACAGAUGACAACAUCAUUGAAUCAAAGAAGAAUGGAUGCCUUUCAGAAUCUUGGGAAGAUGGCUGCCUUUUGCCAACUGAUAUAAUGCAAAUUUAUAAUGAGCUGACAUUCAUACGGCAACACUUACAGAAAGAAAGUGUAGCACUACAAGAGUACAGACAUCAGCUGCAAUCACAGGAACAAUGUUUAGCAAACCGUGAGACAUUGCUGUUCAAACAUCAAGAUGCGUUAACAAAGUUAAGAGGAGUAGAGGAAGAAGUUCAUGCUAAAUUUCAGAUUAUGAAGGAGCAACAUGCUGCAGAAGUCAAUCAACUCACAAAUGCCUUAAAGGAGAAGAUAAAAGAAAACAAGAGACUUAAAUCCUCCUUUGACACAUUAAAGGAAUUAAACGACUCCUUGAAAAAACAGAUUAACAAUGUAAAGCAGCAGAAUAUGAAGUUGGAAACUCAGGCCAAAAGGGUGCAAAGUCGUUUAGAAAAUCUGCAAAGAAAAAAUGAGCUAUAUGUGGCACAAAAGCAUCAUGAAAACGUUUCCACAGACAUGAAAGAGAUACGUUUGGAAAAACAGGAAAAAAUUCAGCUUCUUCGUAGAAUCAGUUGGCCACCUUUAAAUAACAAUUUCUGUGAAUUGCUUGGUAUGCUGCUGGACUGGAUCUCUGAUGAUUACCUUUGUUAUUUGACUCCAGAAGAUGAAAAUGAUGUUCAGAAGCCAUUGGAUCCCAACUGUUCACCUAGAAAAUCUAUUCCAGAGAAGUGUGUAAAAAUCUUACCCCUCAUCACGGCACAAAUUCACUCCAUCCCAUCUGGGAAUGUCAAAUUGCAGCUCACACUGGUAAAGUUCAUUUACUGGGCUUUAAUGCAUAUAGACAAAGAAGGGAUGCAAAAGAGGAUGAUUCCUUCGACUAUGCGAAGACUAGGAGAAGAACUGUUUCGAGGAACUAUGACCCAAAUAGAGUUGGAGGGUCCUGCGGAAUCUGUUACACAACCUAAACCUAAGGCUUCUGCUUUCUUCAAGAGCUCUGACCUUAGUGUUCGAUUUUUAUCAGCCUUCAGCAUCCUCAAAACAAUCACACAAGUGGAUUAUCUGGCUCAAGCAUUUGACAUUAUUCUUAAUGACCUGAGGACAGAUGACGGCAAAGCUUUGUUCUUGAAGUACCGGGCUAUGCAGAUUAUUCUUUGUUACUUGAAACCUUCUAACAAGGGCCUGUUAUACAGUGCUGUUGACGUCAUUUUACAGAUGACAAUGGAGUCAAGGUAUUUGCAGCCUUUUCUUCAGGCAUGCAGCAAUGAAACCUGGUUUCUCACUUGUUCUGUCCUUCUGAGAAACUCUAAACUGGAGGUUCAAUUACUGGAGAAACUCAGUGUCAUCCUACAGAAACUCUCCAAAAUAAAGAGUAAUAAGAAACUGUUUGAAUUGUUUACAAUCCACAUUCUGAUUCAAGAGUUACACAGGACGACAGAUCCAAAGCAUUCUUUCCUGGCUAUCAACUUGCAGUCCAUUCUUUUUAACCUAGGCAUGACUAAAGUCACUGCCUUAACCAGUGAUCUAGGCAAUAGCCAAUCAAAUUAGUAAAUAGUUAUCAAUACAUUCUAAAAACUGCUACUUUUUGUACGUUCAUCAUCGCCGGUGAGUAUUCUGGGCCUAAUUUAUCAAUAAUUUGCAAAUGUCAUAGUCAACAUUUGGCCAAACUAUAUAUUUUAGAGUAAGUUAGAGAAGGAGGGUUGAUUAACACUGUUGGAUGGAUAGAUGGCUUACAAUGUACAGUAGUGGCAACAUAGUGAGUUAAUUUCCCACACUGACUGAGGUUACCAGGUUAGUUUAUCCUUCUUCCCCUUGUCUGAGGCAUGGUGACCCUCAGGUUGAACCACAACCAGUUGUCUCUGUCGAAUGAGAGAGGAGCCCUCUGCUCCUGUAGAGCUAUGGCAACUUUACCUUUACUUUUAUAUUAGAAUAUGUAUUUUUCAAUACAACUUAAUCAAUUCAAAAAUUCUGUUUUCCUGGGGCGGUGGGAACUUUAUUACAAAACCAUUGGAGUGCAGCCCUUAUACGUUAGUUCUUAGCCUGUAAGUCAGUUGUUACAAUUCAUACCUCUUGAAUUCAAUUGUAGAUUUGAUCCUUACAGGAAUUCAUGUACUCUGAUGUCCAGUACCCACCAAUAGAGAGUUGUUACCUUUUCCAUGGGACAUUAAAUCAAGUCUCUGUUCACCUGUUGAGAGUGGAGCAGAGCAAAAUAUUAUCCUUCUGUACUGACCAACAUUUCUCCCUCAACCAAUUCACCAAAAAAAUAGAUUGACAGUUUGUCAAUAUUGCUGACGCAGAAUGGCUACAUUAGUCUACAUUAUAGCCUUUAUGCUGUAACAGUGGUUCAUAUAUGAAGCACAUUAAAAUGUUUCUGAAAGACAUAGAAAGGCAUAUCGUGGGAUAUGCACAUCAUUAGCAAGGCGGUCAGUCAUUUGUUGCUCUUGAGAAGGUAAAAGUGUAACACCUUCUUGAACUGUUGCAGUCAACAAGUAAAAUCACUUGUUAUUUAAUUGCUCAAAAUGUUUUGGUUAAAUGUA